GUAAUGUAAUGCACAUUUACGUGAUCUUAAAUAAAAAUUUAAAUACAAAAAAAUCAUAAAUUGUAUAUUUUUAUGAUUUGAUGUCCAUUUCGCUGUGAAAACCCCGCUAUUUUCUGCUACCGUAAAAUCCCAUGCCGAACGGCGAUUUGUGUUGUUGUCAUACGAGAAGCAGCUACCAGCGAGAUGUCCCCGUCAAGAUGGAAUAUUAUGCUGUUUUUCUUCCAAGUUUUUGCCAGGUACCGGACGCUUGCCCUCCAGGAUGUCACGGCUGUCUUGUUCGGGUCCGAAAACAGCGGCACAGUGGCAGCAUUCGGCGACUUUAACGCCGACAAGCAGACAGACAUCUUCAUCAUUAGGGACCAGUCCGAGCUGGUAGUCUUCUUGGCUGACUCCAAACCACCUUACUUCAAACCCAAGGUGCACAUCUCAAAAGGAAUAUUGCCCAGUGAAGCCAUCCUCACCAGCGUGGUGCCGGGCGACUAUGAUGGAGAUUCCCAAAUGGACGUUCUACUCACAGCUCAGAUUAAUCCAAUGGCUUCGUCUGUCUUCAUCUUUUGGGGGGACAACAAUACGUUGGAUAUGACUGGUUGGCUCAAACUGAACAGGACCUUCAGGGAUCAACCUCUAGUCAUGGACUUCAAUGGUGACAUGAUUCCAGAUAUAUUUGGAGUCACGGACCAAUCGACCACUGAAUUUUGCUCUCUCACUGAAAGGGAUCCUGUGUGUCAGAGUGCUCUAAGUUCACCCAUCAACAUGCGUAUACCUCAUGCAAAUGCCUUUAUCGACCUCAACAAGGAUUUAACCGCCGAUUUGUUCCUGACAACUGAAGGACCGAAGUUUGAGACGUGGAUCAGCAAGGGUGGAAACUUCAGCCGGGAAACCGUUUUACCUGAAGCCCCACCCCACUCCAACGUCGGGCAGUCGUCUUUUGCUGAUUUUGAUGGCGAUGGAUACCAAGACCACCUCCUGCCCCUGUGCUUGGAUGAAGCCUGCCAACGCAGCGCCAUUUAUCUGGCCAAGUCGGGCUCUCAAGAGUGGGUCCCAGUGCUGCUCGACUUCCAACAUAGCGGGACGGUGUGGAGCUUCGUGCCAGGGAAACCCAGCCAGCCUCUUUCAUUGCACAUAGGGGACUAUAAUCUGGACGGCUUCCCCGAUGCUCUGGUGGUCCUCCGUAACACCAGUGGCGGUGCUCAGCAGGCCUUCCUGUUGGAGAACGUUCCUUGCUCCAACCUGUCCUGCCAGAGCGUCGGCCGAAUGUUCCGCAUCCACUGGGAACAGUCGGACCUGGGCGCCAUUCCCAACGCCACCAUAGCCACCUUCUUCGACAUCUACGAAGAUGGCAUACUGGACAUGCUGGUGGUGAACCAAGUGGAGGGAAAGCGGGAUUUGGUCAUUCACGCCUUGAAGAACAACUUUGAAGCCGAUGCCUACUUUGUGAAAGUCAUGGUGCUCAGCGGGCUCUGUGCUAACUCCUGUCCAGGAAACAUCAAGCCAUUAGGAGUUAACCAGCCAGGCCCAUAUGUUAUGUACACCACAGUGGACUCCAACGGCAAACUGAAGAACGCUUCAGCGGGCCAGUUGAGUCAGUCAGCGCACUUCUCCUUGCAGCUGCCCUACACUGUGUUAGGCUUGGGACGCAGUGCCAACUUCCUCGACCACUUGGUGGUCGGUAUUCCACGCCGGUCCAGAGAAGAGGAGUCUGCGAGGCAGGAGUGGACGGCCAUCAUCCCCAACUCUCAGCUCAUUGUCAUCCCCUACCCGCACAAUCAGCCAAGCAGCUGGAGCGCCAAACUGUACCUGACACCCAGUAACAGUGUGCUGCUGACCGCCAUUGCCCUUAUUGGCGUUUGUGUCUUCAUCCUCAUCAUCAUCGGCAUCCUUCACUGGCAGGAGAAGAAAGCAGACGACCGUGAGAAGAGGCAAGAAGCCCACCGCUUCCAUUUUGACGCCAUGUGAACGCCCCACCCUCUUACUUGCCACACUUUACGUGCACGUUACCUAUCCUAACCCAUUGGCUGCACUGACGGCGAUAGACGUUCGAUUCAUUUGAGCUAGGAGGGCUUGAUGCGAUAAGGAUUGAAUGUCUAUCACCAUCAUUGACUGUCCCUGUUGAGCCCGCCAUCUUGAUCUUCCUGUUAUUUAACAUGUUAGCUUUCACAUUCACACUUUCAUUCCCAAGGGACAAAACAACAAAGCAUUUGUCUUGAUUCAUGCUUCUUGUGGCUUAUUUUCUCAACUGUUAAAAGUGUUUUUGUUCCAAAAUGGCCCACGUUUUUAACCCUUUAUAGUGCAAGUCACUCUUUUUGUUUUUUGUUUCAUUAAAGAUAACCUAACCCCAUAAAGAAUUGGCGUUAGGGGUGUGACAAAAUAUCGAAAUGGUGAUAUUUCAUGAUACUUCCUAUCCAAAAAGGUUAUUUAAAAAGGUGUCAGUGUUGGAAAAAAAAGGAACUAACAAGUUGCUACUAAAAUCUUCCACCAUAAUAGUGUCUCAGUUAACUUUAAGGCUGACAUUGACGGUGCUCGGUGCCCAAUCCAUUUAGACUGGGAACGUUCGUUUAUUCAAAACCAGAGCCUUCACAGUCAUUCGGUCCGGUUUUCGGGGCAUUUAUAGGUCACUUGCUGUUCAUUUUAGGGCAUUUACAGGUAAUUUCCUGUUGAGUUUGAGUCACUGCCUAUUCACUUGGGCGAUUCUAAGGUCACUUCCUGUUCUGUAACGCAAAAUAAACAGCAAGUGAUUCAUACAAUAUCCCAAAAUCAAUUGAAAAUAACCGAAAAUCAACAGCUAAAUAAUCUUAAAUGGCCCAAAAUGACCUCAUUGCCUGGCAAUGGCUGCCACUGACGGGCAUUGACGCUCAAUCCGUUUGAAGUGAACGAAUGUUCAUUCGCUGCCACCCUCCCACUUCAAAUGGAUUGGACGUCUACUAGUGAUAAACUCAUUCCAAUUCACAACAGAAGCUUGUUAUUCCUUUUAAUAGUUGUUUGUAGAAUAUCCUAGAAUGAUUUCCUGACCAAUGUAUCGAUAAUCAUUGUAUCGCCAUAGCGUCAGAAUAUCGUUAUCAUGAGCUUUGUAUGGCAAAUCGUAUCAUAUCGUGAGGUACCAAGAGGUUCCCACUCCUAAUUGGCGUAUACAUAGAGUGCCCUCCAUAAUUAUUGGCACCCCUGGUUAAGAUGUGUUUUUUAGCUUUUAAUUAAAAAAAACAAAUAUUCAAAUAAUAUGGGACCUUAAUGGAAAAAAAGAGAAAAAUCCAACCUUCAAUACAAGUGCAUUUAUUCAGUGGGGGAAAAAAUCCCACUUAGAGAAAUAAUUAUUUGACAUCAAAUAUUGUGUGUCACAAUUAUUGGCACCCCUGGUGUUAAUACUUUGUACAACCGAUGAGAUGAGACCAAGAUUGAGCUUUUUGGCAACAAACACUCUAAGUGGGUCUGUCGUGCCACGAAUGAUGCGCAUGCUGAAAAGCACCUCAUACCCACUGUGAAGUAUGGGGGUUAGUCAGUGAUGCUGUGGGGCUGUUUCGCUUCCAAAGGCCCUGGGAACCUUGUUAGGGUGCAUGGCAUCAUGAAUGCUUUGAACUAUCUCUGACUAACCUGAUUCGAAGUCAUGCAAGCGGUUGAGGAGAAGGCGGUUCGCAUCAAAAGGCUGGAAAGUCUGGCUGAUGAUCUCGACCAAGGAAGACGCGCAAAUGAUCUCAUUAUCUCUAUCUCUGGAUUACAACUGACGCCCAGAUCAUAUGCCGAGGCCGCUAGCCCACCUGUGGCUCAGCAGGCAAUCGCCAAGCUGCAAGAAUUUGGAAUAAAUAUGGAACCGCAGGACAUCCGUCACUGCUUUCUGCUCCCAACUGGGGGGAGAGGACCGGUGACGGUGGUCGUAAAAGUUGGCAGACCACAAGAGACUAAUCUUCCGGAGCGGGUACAGCAGACGUGGGCCUCCAUGAUACCCCCGGCCAUCCCUCCCUACACCAUCUUGGAAAUCAACCUAUCCAAUGAACCUACUUAAAUUGACAAUAUUGUGAAAUGCCAUGGCAAUCAAUGACUUUUUGAAAGAUAUGUGAGUUAAAAAAAAAAAAAAAUGGACCAUUUAACACAAACAUGCUAGACUGUGCGUCCCAGGCUGUUGGGGGAUGGGUGGCGAUAAGCAUUUGCUUUUUUUCCGUCUUCCUUUGUCUGUCAUCGACUUUUUCGGGCAAAUUAUUCCAUAAUCUGUGUCAAUGUUUCUCCUUUCUGGCCAAACUAUCCCACACUCUGUAACUGUCAAUGAUUCUGAUGAUGAUAAUGACAAUAAAUUCAUUCAUUCAUUCAUUCAAAUACCAGGACAUUUUAAAUCAAAAUCUGUUGCCCUCUGCCCGAAAGCUGAAGAUGGGUCGUCACUGGGUCUUUCAGCAAUACAAUGACCCUAAACAUAUGGCCAAUUCUACACAGAAAUGGUUCACCAGACACAAAAUCAAGCUCCUCACAUGGCCAUCUCAGUCCCCAGACUAUGUUUUGUUGGCAAAAGGGGGUUGUACAACGUAUUAACACCAGGGGUGCUAAUAAUUGUGACACACAUUAUUUGAUGUCAAAUAAUUAUUUCUGGAUGUGGGAUUUUUUCCCCACUGAAUAAAUGCACUUGUAUUGAAGGUUGGAUUUUUUUUCUAUCAAGGUCCCAUAUUAUUUGAAUAGAAAAAAAAAUAUUAGAAGCUAAAAAAACACAUCUUAACCAGGGGUGCCAAUGAUAAUGGAGGGCGUUGUAUGUGAACAUUACUUUUGACACGUAUAUACUAAAUGUAAAUAUUGUGGCCUAAGUAUAUGGACACCAUGUCUCAUUUGUAUAUUUUUAUUAUUCAUAAGCAUUUUUAUAUAGGUGUUUGCAUUAAUAAAUACACUUAUAAAGGAAAUAAAUGUAAAUUAAACAUUAGGUUAAAUUAAACACAGAAAUAUACUCUGGUUAUGGCUAAACAUGUGCCCAUUCCCAGUUUCAAGGUAUGAAAACAUCAAGGUUUCAAGAACCGCAAAAAUUUUCCGUCAUACCGUCCCUAUUUUCUAUGUCCCAUAAAUGCAUGAAGAAAUCCCUCGCUUGCAGUUGCAAGGCUCAACCCUCCCCCACCGGUUGUUGCUCAGUGUCUGUGAGUCAGCUGUGCAACACGAUAGCUGGAGGAGGUGAAACUCCUGAACUUUUUCCCCCAUCUAAGAAAACAAUAUCGCUCGUAUGGGAAUACUUCAUCUACAGAAAAGUUAAAGACAGCCGCGGCUUGGAGAAGGAGGGCCAACCGACAUGUAAAACAUGUUUUCGGAGGGUGGCUGCCGAGGAGGCAAUACCUCCAAUAUGAUUUAGCAUUUAUACAAAAUUAAAGGUUAGCAAACACUGUCAUGAACGUUUCCUGCAAGCUACGAGAGUUAACUCCGGCGUGUUUAGUGUGUCUAGCGGUGGUAAAACGUGUUUUUUUUUCUCUUUCUGGCAACUGUCUGUGUUUAGAGUGUGUAUAAUGUAAACAUAAUACGAGUCAUAUACACGUGCUUGUUAUGGAAAAUAAUUAUUUUUGUUCUGAUGGUAAUAAUGUUGAGUUAAAAAGACAGACUGCAUUAAUGUUGAAUUUAUUUAGGUUUUUUUUUUUUUUUUUUUACUUAACCUUAUACUUAUGUUGUAGUUUGCCUAUAUGUUUUGGGGGGAAAUCCUGUUCAAUGGGGAAAAAAUGUUGUUGUUUUUAACCCAGAUAUCUCAAACUGACACAUUUUACUAUUUUAGAGCUGUAAUUGCAGUAUACUGUGCAGGGUUUCCCCUACAGAUAAAAGAUUGUGGUGCACUGCCACACCAAAACAAAAGCCGCCACGCCUUGCAACUGAGAUUUUUUUUUAGGGUUUUUUUAAGGCGGCUCCAAAUUAGCGGCAGCCUAGUGUUAAGGUUUCAGCGGCAACCUAAUCUUUGUGUAUUGUAAAGUCCGUAACUAAGCGCAGCCCUGUUAAGAGACGAUUGGACUGGGGAGCUGUGACGUAGGGGGAAGCGAGUAGGAAGAAUGGGAGAACUGGCGAGAAAGCGAUAGACAUGUCGCGGCAGCUCGCUGUUAUUUUGUUAUUGUUUUUCUUUAUGAUUGUUCCCACAAUAAAGUGGGUAAGCUAAUACCUACUCAUCUGCUUCUUCCCCCCAUCCGGUUAUUAACGUAUUUUGGAUCGGACUUUUCGGCGUAAGUGAGGUGGAGGCCCGUCUUGGACAGAACAGCAAGUUUGAAUGAAUUUGCGCCGAGAGGCAGGGCCUAAAAUAGAGCUAUUUUCAGGGCGCCGCCACGCUAACGUCAACAACGAUCCAAUAGCAGAGGGGCAGAUGUACUUAAAUCUGCGCUAUCAGGUUGUUUCAGUGGACGGAUAUACGCAAUCACGGCUGAUGAAACCUUGAUGAAUGUGCUUUUUUUUUUUUUUUUCUUUUUUUUUUGCGAUCUCUGGGGCACUCGAAAAAUGACUCUCACAUCUUUCCUUGCUAGCCUAAAUGGUACCUCGAUGUGCGUUUGUGUGGAAAUGUAGUUCACGAACAACAACAGAAAAACUAUUCACCUUCUCACCGAAACUAGUAAAACUCUUUAAACGGCGAUUAGAAUUUUCCCCUACUUCUUGAAAUGGGUCCGUUAACAGAAGCACUAUUAUUGUUGCGGUAAUGUAGUACAUAUUAGGGCCAAAUAAAAGGAAAAAGGACUACGAGAUAUAAAUUGUACUAUUGUUACCAGUAAAAAAAAGUCGUAUUAUUACGUAGGGUAAUGUAGCUGUAAUCAGCGACACAUUUUACGUACAUGUACCGUAGCUAAGAGCCAUAGGCGGAGUUUGAGUUUUGGGGCGGGGGGGCACAACAUGUUGAUGACCCCGAAACGCAGUGUCAGCAAUAAUAUUAACUUACAAGAAUAUUUAUAAUAAUAAGUUGACAUUCUAAAUCAGGCUGCUUAGGCAAUAGUUUUCGCCAAGAUCUUCAUUCAUUGAAUAUGGUACGCCCGCCGAUGUCGUGGCAAUGUAGUUACCCCAGUCAAAAGUUGUAUUCCCUGGGCGGAGCCAUAUUGAGGAAGAUUUGUGUCUUUAUUAUUCAAUUUUAAAAAAAGUUGCACCAAAAAAAAAAAAAAAAAAAGUUGCUUCAAUCAAAAUAUAUAUUUUCAAUUUUAAAAAGUCGCUUCAAUAAAAAAAUGUGUUUGAAAGCAAAAAUAAAUUUGAAACUCAAAAAAAUGCACGUGAAAGCUGUUUUUCUUUGAUUGAUUGAUUUUUUUUUUUUUUUUUUUUUAAUUGAAGCACCUUUUUAGAUUGAUGUUGAUUUGUGUUUGGGCAACAUUUUGGCCAGGACAUUUUGGUCUUUAUUAUUUAAUCAAAAAAUAGGUUGCUUAAAAAAUAUAUAUUUUCGAAAAGAAAAAUCAAUCAAAAAAAUAAAAAUCUUAGAAAACGUUUUUUUAAAUGCGGAAAAACAUUUGAGAUUGAAUAAUUUGCAAUUUGAACACUAAAUUUUUCAUUUAAAAAGUUUUCUUUGAUUGAAGCAAUCCUUUUUGUGUUUGGGCCAUAUUAUGAGUACGACAUUUGUGUCUAAAUCAUUCAAUCCCUAAAAAAAGUUGCUUCAAUCAAAAAUAUAUAUAUAUUUUCAAUCAAAGAAAAAAAUCAUUUAAGGUGCUAGUCACACUAUCUGUUCGAAAAAUAUUUAUAAUUUUUUUUUUUCAUUUCAUUCAUUUUUGUUGCAGUUUUAUUGCUUUACAACUUUUAUAUACUAGUCCUUCUCAAAAAAUUAGCAUAUUGUGUUAAUGUUCAUUAUUUUCUGUAAUGUACUGAUAAACAUUACUUUCAUAUAUUUUAGAUUCAUUACACACAACUGAAGUAGUUCAAGCCUUUUAUUGUUUUAAUAUUGAUGAUUUAGGCAAAAAAGUCCAGAAAAAACAAAAAUCCCUAUCUCCAAAAAAUUAUCAUAUUUCAUCCGACCAAUACAAAAAAGUGUUUUUUAAUACAAAAAAAGUUAACCUUUAAUUACAUCAGCUAUGCACUCAAUACUUGGUCGGGAAUCCUUUUGCAGAAAUGACUGCUUCAAUGCGGCGUGGCAUGGAGGCAAUCAGCCUGUGGCACUGCUGAGGUGUUAUGGAGGCCCAGGAUGCUUCGAUAGCAGCGUUAAGCCCAUCUACAGUGUUGGGCCUGGUGUCUCUCAACUUCCUCUUCACAAUAUCCCACAGAUUCUCUAUGGGGUUCAGGUCAGGAGAGUUGCCAGGCCAAUUGAGCACAGUAAUGCCAUGGUCAAUAAACCAUUUACCAGUGGUUUUGGCACUGUGAGCAGGUGCCAGGCCGUGCUGAAAAAUGAAAUCUUCAUCUCCAUAAAACUUUUCAGCAGAUGGAAGCAUGAAGUGCUCCAAAAUCUCCUGAUAGCUAGCUGCAUUGACCCUGCCCUUGAUAAAAUACAGUAGACCAACACCAGCAGCUGAUAUGGCGCCCCAGACCAUUACUGACUGUGGGUACUUGACACUGGACUUCAGUCGUUUUGGCGUUUCCUUCUCCCCAGUCUUCCUCCAAACUCUGGCACCUUGAUUUCCAAAUGACAUGCAAAAUUUUCUUUCAUCUGAAAAAAGUACUUUGGACCACUGAGCAACAGUCCAGUGCUGCUUCUCUGUAGCCCAGGUCAGGCGCUUCUGCCGCUGUUUCACACACGCCUGUACACAGUGACUCUGGAUGUUUCUACUCCAGACUCAGUCCACUGUUUCUGCAGGUCCCACAAGGUCUGGAAUCGGCCCUUCUCCACAAUCUUUCUCAGGGUGCGGUUACCUCUUCUGGUUGUGCAGCGUUUCCUGCCACACUUUUCCUUCCCACUGAGGUGUCUUGAUACAUCACUCUGGGAACAGCCUAUUAAUGCUUAGAAAAAAAUUUUUGUUUCUUAGCUUCUUGCUUGAGGGUGUCAAUGAUGGCCUUCUGGACAGCAGUCAGGUCGGCAGUCUUGCCCAUGAUUGUGGUUUUGAGUAAUGAACCAGGCUGGGAGUUUUUAAAAGCCUCAGGAAUCUUUCGCAGGGGUUUUGAGUUAAUUCUUUGAACUAAAUGAUUAGGUUAGUAGCUUCUUUAGAGUACCUUUUCAUGAUAUGCAAAUUUUUUCAGGUAGGGAUUUUUGUUUUUUUCUUGACUUUUUUGCCAAAAUCAUCAAUAUUAAAACAAUAAAAGGCUUGAACUACUUCAGUUGUGUGUAAUGAGUCUAAAAUGUAUGAAAGUGUAAUGUUUGUUAGUAUAUUACAGAAAAUAAUUUAUCACAAUAUGGUAAUUUUUUUUAGAAGGACCAGUAUAUAGGAAGGUCAGGGGCAGUUUACAUGGUGACUCUGCAACACAAAGACGCAAUGACUGAGUUACGGACUUGCCUCGCGUGCAUAUGGUGUCGGCGAAGACGGAAAGCGAAGACGAAAAAUUCUGAAUCCUGCCUCCAAAGUGGAAGAAUCCGAUUGCGGAGGGUAGAGGGGGGCUUCCGCGGCAUGCAUAUCAAAGGCUCCUGCGACGCGAGACAGCGCUAAUAACGUCAGCACUCGUACAUGUCACAGUGGGCGUGCGCAGCGGUGCUACUAAACAUUAAAAACAGCAAAUAUGGCGGAAUGUCGGCUUUAAUUUACUGUCAUAAUAAUAUUUUUGAAUUAAAUAUGUUGAACGUUUAAAUUUUUGUGCCUUUUGAAAAAAGAAUAAUGACAUUGCUUCGAGUGGGCGGGCAUAUUUUUUUCCGGGCUGAGGGAGCUUGUAGGGGUCAAAGUUCAUCAUUCUCUGUCGCGCAGUAAAGCUGCACUGCCCCAUAGGGCCUGGCAUGAAUACUACAUCGUUUUCAUGCAGAAUUGCGACAUUGGUCAAAUGGAGACGCAAAUGCAAAUUUGAAAUUGUUCGUUUUCUCGGAGAGUCACCAUGUAAACGGCCCCUCAAUUUCAUGCAAUGACUUUUAGGCCUGGCCCUCCUGGUCCCCCCUUAAAAUCUUAAGCUACGACAUUAGCCCGGUUCAUGAAAUAUUUCAAAUAGAUCUUUGUUAUGGUUCUUGUUGGGGGGAAAAUGUGAAAAAAAAAAAUCUCAUUUGGCAUGAUAUGAUGCAAUUUUGCCGUGGCAUGACAUGGUAAGGCUGUCCAACUCCAGUGCAGCCCACUACCACAGCUUAAAAAAAAUCCGAGGGGAAACCCUGCUGUAACACCGUGAUAUUUUGGCUUAAGGUUAUCAUACUGUCAGAAUCUUAUAUCGGCACAUGCCUAGUUAUGACCCCCAAUAACACUCUGUAGUUGAUUUUGUUUUUUGAUUUCAUAGUAUUUGUUUUUGAGGGGGUUUUUUGGGGGGGUUUUUGGGCCUUUCUCAUUGCCUUCCAUUGACAGCUAUAGGCGUCAAAUUCGUUUAAACAAGAAGAACUAGAUUGGCUGUAAGUGCUCAUGUUGCAGUGCCACGAACGAACGUUCAUUCGCCCCUUCCAGCCAAAACGGAUUGGACGUCUAGCGCCGUCAAUGGCAGCCAAUUAGUUCAAUGAAUCCCCUAUAAAGGAUUAAUACUCGGGUCUUAUUGUUAUGCCUGUCAGACAAAAUAUCUGCCGUUCCAUUCCUUGCAAUCCGCGUUGCCAAAUAUUUGUUUUUGAAUUCCUCAUCUAAUCAAUUCCUGUCUGAAAAGAUUUGUCUUUAUCUGUUUGAAGCUACUGUGGGCGCAGUGCGUCAAUUGUUUCUGAAGACUUUUGCACUUUUAUUUUCGAAACUAAUAAUUACGCGUGUAAAUUAUUUGGUUUUGCAAACGCUGCAUCAACUCAAUGUGAAUAAUAAAAGUUAUUGACUGUGCGUUGCAGCAUUUGUGUGCUUUAUGUUCAGCCUGGAAAAACACCCUGGGCUUCAUUGUGGUUAUACCCCCGAGCUCUUUCUUCAAUUGAUUUAGGUGCAGCAAUGAAUUGAAACAGAUUUUUAUUUUGCUGAGAAGAACCCCCUCCUUCCUUCCCUGCUGUCUGCUGCAUAAAAUAUGCAGAGAGGACACAUGAGUGUGGGAUUGUAAGCAUUUUUACACUCCUGUCAAUGCCAUGCAGGCUUGCAAUCAUGUGCUAGUCACAGUGUGUAGAAGAGAUGGGAGCCUACACUUACGCAUGGCAGAGCACAGACGGACGUUUUCUUCCUUUCAAAAUAAUAGCGUUGAUAUCCCACAUCAGUUACUUGAGUAUCAUCACAAAUUAUU